AUGACCGAGCCUGCUCUAUUUACAUCCGCAAAGAAGGAAUCGCUAUUGCUGCACGAGAACGCUACUUUCAGUUCCCAGAUCGAAGCAAAGUUACCCCUUGGAACCGUCUGCACCAGUGACGAGCUAAACGCUCUCAACUGCAGCAGCUCCUCGCCUUACGACCGGACUAUGGAUUCCGGACACGAACAGGUUGCCGAUCUCCAAAAUGUCACAUCAGUGUCUGCAAAGGACGCUGUUCUUUCUCCAGCUUCCCGCUACUCCGACCCAACACUCGAGGCCGAAACGCCAGAUUUUGGGGUGUGUCAAAUCACGUGUAUCUCUCUCUCCAGCAUUGACAUGGGGGUUCCUUCGCCGUCCCUUGAAAAUAUUCAAAGCCUCGACUCUGUUGAGAUGGGAGGUGCUUUCAUAGCCGAGCGAAAGAGCCCCAGGGAGAAGGCGGAAAGAGGACAAUCGACAGAGAGAAACAACGGUAUCCCCGAGAAACAAGAAAGGCUUUUCGGAGAACAGGCCCGCAUAAUUGAGGCCACCAAAAACUCCAGCACCUUACAAGGAGCGAAGUCAUACGUAGGAGAAAUGGUUGAAGCCGAGCAUACUAUAAUGUCCCCUCGACCAGCAAAGCUUGAACCCUACACCAAAGGACCAGAGAACAAAUUUAAUUCACAUCAAACUGGAGGUCUACUUAUGGUGGAGCAGGAGUGCGGCAUAAGCCCCAACCAGAGAGAACCGAUUCCUUCCAGCAAGUUCUCCAAGGAACCUGCCGCCCAUAGGGAGGCUUCGGCCCGUAAUGGAAUCCAAGCCUACAGUUCUACCUUCCCCCGGCGUGCUUUUUCCUACCUCCCAACUCCUAAUUACUUGACGGGCUCUAAAAGCCGACACUCUGAGGUUCAGCAGUGCUCCCCUGGGAGUCCGAGUCAUCUUCCAUCGGCGCAAAUAGGUUCACGGAGGCUCGUAAGCUUGGGAUCCCGGGGCUCAUUGCUCUCGAUGGAAGCUUUGGGAGCCUUCAAUGCCCCAAAGAGCGACCUUGAUACGGAAAUGGAAGAGGCAGUAAAUGACAGACCGAAGAAAACACACGUGGAAAGAGAAAAGCAAGAGCUUGCAGAGAGCGACAACGCUCGAGUAGAGACAGCACCGAUGCUGAUGGAGAUCAAUCGACAAUAUGAAUUGGAUACAAUUUCGGACGAUGAAGAUGACUUUGAUUAUUUCCGCACCUUUUCACAGAACCUAGCCUCCUCGUUCGAUAUCAAAAACCGGCCAACAUCUAGAUAUUCCGAGUUGUCCCAAAUGGAUACAAGGCUCAGUAUUGAACCUUCUCAGCCCAAGAUUAUCCCUGAGUGGGGCAACUGGUUGGAUGAUCCCCCAAAGACGGAGAGUUUGAGUACUGUGCUGCCGGACGGAUUUUCUUCAGACAAGGAUGAGUUCAGGGAGCAGUUAGCCCAGGAGAUAUCAGAUGAAAUCGGAGAAAUUGAAGCAAUUACAAAGGAAAAGGAGAUUAUUUGUAGCCCUCCACUAAUAUUAACUUCCGACCUACAAACAGAGUCUCUUUCCAAUGAUGCAAACUCCUGCUUCGAUAAAGUCCGGUUUGACAAUAUAAAACCCCCACAGGUGACAGAGGAGAGACAGAUUACCCUGAGGGAAGAAAUCACGGAUAUUCAAAGCUUUUACCACCCGACUACAAUUAACAGCCUUGUUAUCCCAUUCACAAGUUACCUCGAAACUGAUCAAUCGGCCCAAUCAGGAGAGACAUUAUCUCAGGCCUCUUCACAAAUCCUUGCCCGUGCAGCUUCUUGUUUCAAGCCACCCAAAACUUCUCACGUUCAACGAUUUAAAGCCUUUGUUUCAUUCACCGGACCCGAACGAGAGAAGCCUAUCGCAAAGCAUGAUAUUGUUGAUCCUAGACAUGUUUCGGUGAUCUCGUCUAAGCUCUCGACAGAGUAUACCUCGCUCAGAGGCGUGGCCAAGGAGGUUGCAGAGAUGGAAAUGCAAAUCCCCGGACCUGGUGAAGCGGUUGGGAGAGAAACCCUCGACACCAGAAGAAUUUUGCAGACCGGAAACGUAUCCACUGCGCGGAGUUCCGCCACUUCAAACACACUCUUGGACAAUGCCACGGGAAACUUUGACAGCGACCAGGAGGUCGCCCGCACGCCAAUGCCCCUGAAAAUGAGACAAAAAAUGGCUCACUUGAAGAGUCGGUUACGGAUUUCCACCUCGUUUAGAGGGAAGGAAAAGGAAUCAACGAAGAUUUUGAUAUUAUCGAAAGGAAAAUUGGUGGAUAAGGGUGCAGCACACGAGACCCACCUGGGGUCCGAAGAGUUUACCCUUCCAAAAUCGAUUCUUACAACGACAAACGAUGCCAGUCGGUUAGUUUUGGUAGAAGACUUGUGA